AUACAUGUUUUCAGAUAAGAACAAAGUCACAGACAAGCAGCAGGUCUUUCAAAAGAAACAGUUACGUCGAAAAAAAUGGACUUACCUGCCUUAAUUUUCUUCUUCACAAUUUUAACUGCAGUAACUUACAAUACUGAGGGUAAAGUGUGUAAGACCAAGUCAGAUUGUGGAAUUGGGGAAUGUUGUUAUAUCAAACCUGCCUUUGAGGUGGUCAGUAGACGGAGACAAGCCAGUAUUCUACCUGUGCAGCCAACACACCAUGACACUGGUGUUUGUGAAAAAUACCGAGUACAACACGAGCAAUGUGGACCUCUGGAACAGGCCAACGGACAUUGUGGUUGUUGGAACAGGCUUGUCAUGCCAAUUUGUACCCGCUGAAAUUGUGACUGCUGUUCUGGCGACCGCUCAACCGGUGGAAAUGGUCAGCAAGAAAAGGGGGAUUUACAUGCCCGGACCAGGAGUGUUCCAGUGUGAAAAUACUUCGUAAAAGUAUUAAUAAGAAAGUACCGAAAUAUAUUUUAAGUUCUUG